AUGUCCGCGAUCGGCGAGGCGUCCCGGGUGUGGCUCCACCACGCGUUGCGAUCGCUCGACGUCGACGUCCGCGCGACGUACGGCGGCGGCGGCGUCAACUUUUUCGCGGGCGCGCACGGCGCGUCGCUCCUCGCGGCGGCGAACGCGAUCGACGCGAAGAUUGUCUUCUGCACGGCUCGGCACGAGCCCGCGCACGUCGCGCGCGACGCCGCCACCGCGGCGUUCCUCGAGGCGCGCGGGAUAGCCCUCGUGACGCUCCCCGGGCACCUCCUGUGGGACCCGCGCGCGCUGAAGAUCGACAUGCGGCGCGAGAAGUACUUCUUCGGGACGCUGAUGCCGUUCGUGCACGCGGCGGAGACGUCGGGCGGGAAGGUGGCGGCGCCGACGCCGGCGCCGAGCGCCGCGCCGUGCGUCGACCUCGAGGGUGCCGACCUGGGUGCCGACCUGGGUGCCGACCUGGGUGCCGACCUGGGUGCCGACGCGAGCGUCCGCCUCACGUCCCUUGACGACCUCGGGGUGUCGCCGCGGUUCCCCCCCGGGCGGGACUGGUCGAGCGGGAUACGGGACGAGUGGGACAUCUCCGAGCGCGGCGCGAAUGAAGUUUGGGCGUCGUUCACGCGGCGGGGUUUGCCCGAGUACGAGGCCGAGCACGGCCGCGCGGACGCGGUCGCGCCCGCGGCUUCGACGUCGCGGAUGUCGCCGUACCUGCGGUUCGGGCAGAUAUCGCCGCGGGCGAUGUACCACGACCUGAAGCGCGCGGACGGGAAGCGCGUGUCGAGGUUGUUUUGGCACCGCGUGCAUCGACGGGAGUUCGCGUACUGGCAGCUCGCCAACUGGCCGGACAUGGGGACGAAGUCGAUUCGGAGACACUACGACCGCCGCGCGGACUGGAUCCCGGACCCGACGCGCGACGCCGCGAGCGCGGAGAUCUUGAGGCGGUGGCGAGAGGGGCGGACCGGGUUCCCGGCCGUGGACGCCGGGAUGCGUCGGCUGUGGACGACGGGCUGGAUGCACCAGACGGAGCGCAUGCUCUGCGCGACGUUUCUGUGCGACUACCUAAACGUGCACUGGGUCCACGGCGCGCGGUGGUUCCACGACACGCUCGUAGACGCGGACCUCGCGAUCAACGCGAUGAUGUGGCAGAACGCGGGAAAGAGCGGUCUGGACCAGUGGGACGUCUUCUCCGGGUCGCUCGCGCCGGACGGAUCCAAGCCGUGCCGCGCGCACGACCCGCUCGGGGACGCCAUAGCGACGCGGGUGCCCGAGCUGGCUGGGCUGCCGCGCGGGCACCUGCGUCACAGGCCGUGGGAGGCGAGCGACGCGGUGUUGGAGACAUCGGGGGUGGUGAUACGCGGCGCGGGAGAGGACGGCGCGUACCCGGAGAGGAUGUUGCCAGGCGUGGGAGACGUCGACGGCGCGGGGAGGGAGGACGCGCGCGCGCGGAUGAUAUCCGGCGUGAACGACGCGCGUCGCGCGGAGCUCGCGCGCGCGGCGGCGGCGGCGAAG